AUGUUGUCUUUCUUUUGCUUGUUGGCUCUGCCAAAUCAGCAGCGACCGCUUUUGCACGCGCCUGCUUUUGCUGGAGCAUGUCCUCGUGUCUCGAGCUUCGUAGGUGACUGGUGCAAACAAGAGCCUAGAAACUGUCUUCAAUCGUCAAAUCGCUGUGCUCGACGGGCUUUCAAAAAUAGUCUACGCAUUGAGGCAUCCGAUACUAGGGCGAAAACCGUGCUUGUGAGUGGCGGCUCAGGCUUUGUUGGCCGGGCGCUUGUGCGCAAACUUCUCGGUUCGGGGAAGGCGGUGACGCUUUUGGCGCGUGAUACUGAGAAAGCCCGCAAAACCUUUAACUAUAAGGUGGAAGCAAUAUACUUUGAAGCGACUGCUGCCGAUGCGCCGGCAAAGGAGGUCGUGGAGGCAGUGGCUGGAAGUGAUGCUAUAAUUAAUCUAGCUGGCGAACCCAUUUCAGAAGGUAGGUGGACGGCAGAGCGCAAGAGGCGCAUUCUGGAGAGCCGCGUGAACGGGACCCUUCAGCUCGUCCGAGCUGUUCAUCAUGCUGAUAGGAAACCAAAGGUUCUCAUCUCCACAUCUGCUGUUGGCUACUACGGUACAUCUGAAGUAGAAACGUUCGACGAGGAUUCGCCUUCGAUAGGGACGGACUUUUUAGCAUCAGUCGCAAAGAAGUGGGAAGCAGCUGCUCAAGAUGCGGGAAUCCGGACAGUCAUCAAUCGAUUUGGCAUAGUACUCGGCCCGGAUGGGGGGGCUUUGAGCCGAAUGCUUCCGCUCUUUAACUUGUUCAUAGGUGGAACGAUUGGAUCUGGACGCCAGUGGAUAUCGUGGAUACACAUUCAAGAUCUGGUGAACAUUAUCAUGCACGAGCUGGAAUCACCCGAUUUUCAAGGUGUGUACAACGUCACGGCGCCAACCCCAGUUCAGUUUCAAAAGUUUUGCGAUUCACUUGCAAGAGCGCUCAAACGCCCGAACUGGCUACCGGUACCCAGUUUCACACUUCAACUGAUUCUUGGCGAAGCGGCGGAACUUGUGCUCCAGGGCCAACGCGUGCUCCCAAAGCGUCUGUUGCAAAGCGGUCUUAAGUUUCAGUAUCAAGAAAUUCAGCCUGCGCUCGAUGAAAUCGCCGCGUCAUGGAAAUUGCCCGUUCGAAGCGCUUAG